AUGGCGCUUGGUGGUUUGCAAUCUGUUCGCGAUGCUUUAAUUCUUGCCAGACACGAGCAGUGUAUUUCUGAUACCGAAUUUGUUUUGCUGUUCGAGUAUAACUUGUCCAAACCUUUAUUCCCAUACUGGAAAUUUGAAUUGUUUGAUCUGGAUUCUUGGGAUGAUGAAGAAUGCAAGAUCGAGCUGAGAUUUGCCAAGUCAAACCUGGCUUUGUUACAGCGUUUGCUCGGAAUUCCUGAAAAGAUUACAUGUCAGCAAGGAAGUAUAUGUUCUGGAAUCGAAGGACUAUGCAUUUUCCUAAAAAGACUUGCUUACCCAUGCAGAUAUCCUGAUAUGGCUAUACGUUUUGGUAGAAACCCAACUGAGAUAUGCCUCAUAUUUAACGAAGUUCUGGAUUUGGUAUAUGAUGCACACCACCACCGCCUGGAGAGUUGGAAUCAGCCUUUUUUGUCACCAGAGCUGCUCCAAAAUUGUGCUGAUGCAGUACAUGACAAGGGUGCCCCAUUGGAAAACUGCUUUGGAUUUAUCGAUGGCACUGUUCGCCCAAUUGCUCGACCGAAAUACUACCAGCGACAAAUGUACAAUGGUCACAAGAGGGUGCAUUCCAUAAAAUUUCAAAGUGUUGUGCUGCCUAAUG